GCAGAGCGGAGCGCGGCAGUGAAGGAGAGCAGCGCGCGGAGCCAAGAAGCAUUAAGACGAAAAAAGGGGAGAAGAGGAAGAGGAAGGAGUAGGUGAAGCCGGGCCAGUGGGACUGAGGAGGACUGUGCCGUGUUGGAUUGUAGCUGUUUGCGGCUGUUUUGCGGGGAAUGUGCGGCUCCUCCUCUGCGGCUCUCCAACUUUGUGAAUCUGUGCUCUCAUGGUGAGAGGCGGACGCAGAGGAUGGGAGUAACCUGGUCCUCCAAAUGCCUCGCACUCCUUCUAGCUCUUCAUAUAGUAUCUGUGUUACAGACGGUGCUGGUCAGUGCUGGUCAAUGUGACUCUGUAUUUAAGGGUUUCUCGGACUGUCUGAUUCAGUUGGGGGACAACAUGGCCAACUAUCCCCAGGACUUGGACGACAGUGAGAACCUUCAUAGGAUCUGCGGUUACUGGGAUAACUUCCAUUCCUGUGCCACGACGGCGCUGGCUGACUGCCAAGAGGGAGCAACGGAUCUCUGGGAUAAACUGAAAAAGGAGUCCCGCAACCUGAAUUUCCGUGGGAGUUUGUUUGAACUCUGCAGCGGCGGCAAUGCUGCUCCGAGAUCUGCUGACGCCAGGGGCUUCAUCUUGGUCCUAGCCACACUGCCCACCAUACUGACUUGGCUGGCAUUUUAACAGAAACAAGGAGAAACAGAAAAACAAAGUUAAAAGAAGUAAAAAAGGGAAAAAAAGAUAAAGUCCAACUGAAAAAAAGAGAAAAAAAGUGAUUCCUACACUUCCAUGCUUAAAAUACAAGCUUCAAGACUGAGUUUGAAUUCAUCA